AUGCUGAAUGAGUUUGAAAUGAGUGAUUUAGGCAAGCUAAAUUACUUUGGCAUAAAAUUUGUGGAAACCGAGAAGGGGAUAGUGAUGCAUCAAUCACGCUAUGCUAAAGAGAUGUUGAAGAAGGCUGAAAUGCAAAAUUGCAAAGCUGCAAAUACACCUGCGGAAGUUGGUUUAAGACUGGAAAUUGAUCCAGAAGAGGAGGCUGUAGAUGCUAGUCUCUAUUGUAGCAUGGUAGGAAGUUUGAGAUGCUUGUGCAAAACAAGGCCAGAUGUGAGUUUUAGUGUAGGUCUUGUGACUUGUGAGGCAACGUGCCAGGCUAUAUGGCUGAAAUCUGUGAUGAAAGGGUUGAAGAUAGAUUUAACGAAAAAGAUACAAUUGUGUAUUGAUAACAAAUAUGCAAUAGAUUUGGCAAAGCACCCUGCUUCUCAUGGAAGAAGCAAGCAUAUAGAAACAAAGUUCCACUACAUCCGUGAGCAGGUGAAGGAUGAAAAGCUAGAGUUGUGCUAUUGUAGAUCAGAAAUGCAACUUGCUAACAUUCUAACUAAAGCUCUCAAAUUUGAGAGAUUUAAAAGCCUCAGGAAGCUGAUUGGGGUUGCUGGAACAAUCUAG